CUGUGCCGCCCCGACCGGCUGCGCGCGCAGAUAUCGAGCGGGGCGUGCCGGAGGGCUUCUCUGCUUUUAGGUUUCAGAGUCCUGUUGCCUACCCCGACGUAAUACAUCACCCUGGCGUCACCUUUCCAUGUGUGAUGUGACGCAGAGCAUGAUCCUUGGGCCUCUUUGUCCCUCCUGACCAAGGUGAACGGGCAGGAUGGCCUCGCCCCUUAGGAGCAAGUCCUCCUCCCCGCGAGUGGAAAGCACCCGCCACAAGGAGACAUCGACUGUCCGCGUGGAGACGUCGUCCCACCGCGAGGAAACAUCAUCCCACCGCGUGGAGACGUCCUCCCGGCAGGUUCGAACGUCUUCCCGGCAGGUGGAGACCUCCCAGCGCCACCGAGAGGGCCCCUCCCUCACCCCCUCCACGAAGCGACUCCCUCAAUUCCUCGAGGUGUCCUCCCAGCACGUGGAAACCUCCUCGCAGUGCACGGAAACGUCCUCCCGCCACGUCAGGGCGUCGUCAUCCCUGAGGGUGGAGACUACUGUGCACCGUGUAGAGAGCCCAGCCAGGCGAGACAAGCAAGCCACUCGGCAGAGUGCCAGAAUGGCUCGAUGAAGUGCCAAAGGUCCUUAGCCAGGACUGAAGAGUUGCCAGCCAGCCAGCUUUCAAGAGAGCCGAGCAUCUUUGGUUUCAUGGAAAGAGCCCAUAAAUCAGUGUAAGAAACAAGCUGUGGGUUUCUGGGAGCUGUUAACAUGUACUGACAUUGCAGCACCUUAGACCAUCCUACUGUUGUCCCCAGUGUACUAUUAACUUGAAGCCAGCACGGAAGGGUUUCAGAUUUGUGGUGCUGUAUAAACCCAGCUGAUGGACAAAGAGAUUCUUUGAGUCUCUACAUCAGUAGUAUUUGGAAGACUGGCCGAAUGUGACUCUGGAAAAGCCAGGCACCUGCUUCUGGAUCACUGAUGCUUCAGGAAGGGCGUGGGAAGGAUCCCGGUAGAUUCCCUGUGGUCCUUGUCUUAUUUUUAUCUAGGAUUCUUCCUCCAUAUUUCACGUAUUCAUGUUCCAGAGCUGGAAUGCAGAGAGAGUGAGAGCGAGAGAGCGAGAGAGCGAGAGAGCGAGAGAGAGAGAGAGAGAGAGAGAGAGAGAGAGAGAGAGAAUGUAAUGAAACAUCUUUGCCAUAAAUCUAUAUUAUACAUUCCACAGCUUCAAAAUGACAGUGUGCGUCAAUGAAGGUAAUUGUUGAUGUACCUGUUGCACUUUGUAAAUGUGCGUGUUACUGUUAGCCAUGCUGUGUGUCUUCCUCAUUGUUCUCUGUAGGAAAUAGAGCUGCUAUACCUGGCAUAUGUUACACAGUGUUAAAGACAGCAUGUGCAACAAUAAUAGAUGAAGAGCAAUAUUCUCCAUUUGCAGCCGAGAAAGCCUUUAAUGACAGUCUAAUAAUUGGAUUUAUUAUGCUGGGUAAUAGUUGUGUCUUGCCCUCAGCUGUGCCAGCCAGGCUAGUUUUAAAAACUAAAUAAA